UUUCAGAAAAUAUGAAGUUUAAACGGACCGAUUUUCCACAGUUUUCUGAAAUUGGGGGAUAUGACGUCAGACUGGUGUGUGGCAGGGAUGUAUUGUUUUCACAUAGAUUACUGCUGGCAGCAGCGAGUGUAUUUUUCAAUCAAAUUCUGAAGGGUUUUGACUACGAAGAUGAGCCUGUUGUAGUAUUGCUACCAGAGCACUGUAUAGAUGACGUACAGCAACUUAUCAGUGUACUGCACUGCAAAGACAGAGGGAACCCUGGUAGCAAUCUGGAGGAACCAAAUAUAUUUAAAGAAUUCAGAAUUGGAACCUUUACACAAAUCAAGGAAGACAACUAUGAUGAGUGUGAAUCAACUAAACUAGGGGCAAACUCUAAAGCUAAAACAAAACAUAGAAAACGAAAACUCUCAGUAAAAAGAAUAAAUGGAGUAGGGAAGAAACAAACUCUCCGAAAUGGUGAAAGAGAAUACGCUGACGAUUACACCGACAAUCAGGGGUUUGAGGAUCGAUUGUAUGAGACUGUUGAUGAUGAUAAGGAGGAUGAUGAAGAGCUUGAUGAUCAGGACCCGCUCUAUAAAUGUUUAGAGAUCAAAGUUGAGCAAGGUGAUGGGAUAAAGGAGAUAAAAGAUGACAAGAAAUCUAGCGGAACUUCUCAAUCUUACGACUGUAAAUUAUGUGAAUAUUCAAGUAAUGAUCUCCAAAAUCUUAAGAAGCAUAAUAAGAGAAAACACGAAGAAAAUGUUAAACACAAUUGUGAUCAGUGUGAGUACACGGCCAACGAUUCGUCGACUUUAAGAAAGCAUAGAAUGAGUAAACACGAUGGGAUUAGGUACCCAUGCGAUCAGUGCGAGUAUUCGGCAACUAGGACUUCGGAUCUGAAGAGACACAGAGAAAGUAUCCAUGAAGGAGUGAGAUAUCAAUGUGAUAUUUGUGAGCAUGCAGCCACAGCGCCGUCUCUACUAGAACACCACAAACGUGUGAAACACGAAGGCUUUAAGUAUUUUUGUGAUCAAUGCUACUUUGCCACAACUGACCUGACAACUCUGAAAAGGCAUAGAGAUGUCAAGCAUGAAGGCAUUCGAUAUCCUUGUGAAAAAUGCAGUUACUCUGCGACUAAAAUAUCAGAUCUGAAACGACACAGUCAAAGCAUGCACGAAGAAAAACGGUUUCUGUGUGAUCAGUGUGAUUAUACUGCAGCACAUUUAACUACUCUGAAACAGCACAAGCAAAGUAAACACGAAGGUAUCAAAUAUCCCUGUGAUCAAUGUGAUUACGCGGCAACCACUUUACCUAGUUUAAAGCAGCACAGGCAAGGUGUUCAUCUUGGUAUUAAGUACCCCUGUAAUCUGUGUGAUUAUGCCGCUACGAUCUCUUCAGAUCUGAAGAAGCACAGGUUAAGCAGACAUGAAGGUGUAAAGUAUCCCUGUGAUAUGUGUGAUUAUGCAGCUAGUCAACCUUCAGCAUUAAAAACACACAAGAAGAGUAAACAUGAAGGAGUAAAAUUUUAUUGUAAUCAGUGUGAUUACUCGGCAUCGGUUAGUAGUAUCUUGAAAAAGCAUAGAAAAAGAAAACAUCUCUGUUGCGAUCUGUUAAUCAUGCCGACUGAAGGUAGAAAAUAUCCCUGUACUGAAUGUGACUAUGUUGCCACCACGUCGUCGAAUUUGAACCAACACAGAAAGGGGAAACAUGACGGAAUAUAUCAUGCCUGUGAUCAGUGUGAUUAUAAAUCAACGACAUUAGGAAAUUUGAAAAAGCACAAGGAGAAUAAACAUCAAGGCGUGGUUUACCCCUGCACUGAAUGUGAUUACAUUGCGACACAAGCAACGUCUCUGAAAAGGCACAAGGAGUCCAAACAUGAAAAUGUUAAAUAUGAAUGUGAAGAAUGUGAGUUUGCUGGUUCUUCUCCGGCUCAGUUAAAGAAACAUAAAUUGGUAUUGCAUCAAGGAAUUCUAUUUUCAUGUGAUCAAUGUGACUUUUCAGCAACUUCUGCCUCUAGUUUAAGACACCACAUCGGGAGCUUCCAUGAGGGCGUACGUUUCAUAUGUUCUGAAUGCGAAUACGCCGCUACAACUUCGUCAAACCUGAAAGAGCACAAGAAGAGUAAACAUGAGGGGGUCAGAUAUCAAUGUGACGACUGUGAAUAUUCUGCCACCACAUCUUCUAAUCUGAAAACUCACAAAGAAAUAAAGCAUGUUGGUCUACGGCAUCCCUGCGAUCUGUGUGACUACGUGGCGACAACCUCAUCAAACCUCAAGAAACACAUAGAGAUUAAACAUACCAAAAUUCGAUACCAUUGUGACGAGUGUGAGUAUGUUGCGAGUACAUCCUCAAAUCUGAAGAAACACAGACUCAAAAAGCAUGAUUUUAUGAUUAUCCCAUUCGGAGAGAUGGGGGUAAUAGGUGAAUGUGAUGUGGUGUACGAAGAAGACGAUUGCUCAAGUUAGAAAAAAAUAAAAUAUUUCAGGGGUCUCAAAAAAUGAAAUGGAGACUACCUUCAACCAUAAAUAUUGUUUGAAAAGUUUGUAUAGUUUAUGUAAAGUGUACAGUAUACAGUGUACACUGUACACUGACAUAGGUAAAAAAUUUCAUAACGUUAUCAACAAGCUUUAUGGAAAUCAGAGCUGAAAACUUUAUAAUGGUGGAUAUCGAGAUCAAUGCUUGAUCUCCUCUUCUUCUUAAUCUGCAGAUUAAAUAUUGCUUGUUCUCCUCAUGUUAUUAAUCUCCAGAGCUGGAAGUUUAUAAUGGUGGAUAUGGAGAUUAAUGCUUGAUCUCCUCUUUUUCUUAAUCUGCAGAUUAAAUAUUGCUUGUUCUCCUCAUGUUAUUAAUCUCCAGAUUAAUUAGCAGAUCAGGAUUAAGGAUAUCCCAUUCUAAAGUUUUCAGCUCAGGUCGUUUUCCUUUUCCAUCAUUUCUGGUGACCACUGUGUCUGUAUUUACUAUUUAUAAUCGUGUUUGAAGUGUUUGAGUGCAAUAUAAUAAUAACUUUUUAACUUUUGAAAAAUCCUUUUAGUAUUUUGUAUAAAACUUCUUUAGAAGAAACUAUUUUCAUUGAAAAAUUUACUUUGAUAAUUUAUGAAGUUUCUGCUUUGAAAUCUGCAAUCUGUAGAUAAUAUUUAUUUUCGAAAGUUUUUCAAACUGAUAGCUAUUUAAGAAACAUUUAAGAAAGAAUUCGAAAUUAUCUUGCGAAAAUUCGGGAUUUUGUAAGCAAGAUCUAUGGUGCUUUUUUGUUAGAAUUUGGAAAUGAAAAUAUAAGAAUUCGUGAACAAAAAUAUAUGCAUUCGUAAACUUAUUUGGAAAAAUUCGGAAAAUGAUAAAUAUAAAUUCUUAGCUAAGUAAGAAUUUGAAAUUUAUUUCUAAGAGAUUCGGAAGCUAAUAUGUAAUAAUUUAAAACUUAUUGUAAGAAUUCGGAAAUUGUCAUAUAAAUUUCGGAAUUCAUUGGCUUAAACUAUUAUGUGAAGAUUUUGAAAUUAACAUCCAAGAAUUCCGAAUAUGUUGGCUGAGAUUCCGAAUAUGUUGGGGGAGAUUGCGAAUAUGUUGGUGGAGAUUCCGAAUAUGUUGGGGAAGAUUUCGGAAAAAUAUUUCAGAGUUAGGAACUUAAAAGUAAGAAUUCUGAUGAUUACCAGGUUGCUAGGUUUAAAAUCUAAAAGCUUCGGUUUCCUUAAAAGCAUUUUUAAAAGUGUUUUUAAUUUUUCUCUUCUUAACAAUGAAAAUGUAUUUAAAUGUUUUGUGACAAAGUUAGGAUUAUUAUUGUCGUUUUAUUGUCUUAGUUUUUAAUAAAAUGUAAUUACUGAA